AUGGGGAAAGACUCUGGUGCUCUUUGCCUCGAUAACAGAGUCAGAAAUGUUAUGGACUACUCGAUUACUCCCAUCUCCAAGUUGCUCGAUGAUCUUGUGGAAAACUUGACUGGGUUGACACUUGUGGUUUUUUUCGAAGAGCCCAAGCUGGAUUCUCGCAGAGAGCUCAAGACCAUCAAACAAAUUAGAAAUGCGGCCCAACUACAAGUGGUGAUAUUUGAUAUAAAUCAGAAUGGGCUUGCGGCAUUUAUCAAUUACAUUACCCAUGUUGUUGCUUUAGAGAAAUUCACCAGUAUCACUAUUUACGGCUUAUAUGGCUAUCUGGACUCUGCGCCUUUCAAAUCUCUCAGCCAUUUGAGAUGGAGAUUGCACACUGCUUCAAAGGUCUUGACCUUAACCCUUGCCGAGCCCAGUGAAAUUGACUCCAAAUUCAUGACUUAUAAUGAAUUCAUGAACCAAUCAUGUUCUUGA